AUGGAAGAACCAUUUAGGAUUUUUAAUAAUCCAUUGUCUGAUGUUUUGGAUAAUAAUUAUGAAAAAAGGGAUAAAUGGAAAAAUAUACCCUACAAUGAGAAUAAAAUCAAGUAUAAUAAUAGACAAUGCAAUAAUGAUAAUGGUGAAAGAAGAACUAGCGGUGGGGGAAUUACUGGUAAUUGGAAUAAUAGAGAUAGGACUAACAAUGUAAGUAAUAAUAGAGGUAACAAUGGUAAUAAUGGAAAUUAUGGCAACAAUGGUAAUGGAAACAAUAGAAAUGGAAAUAACAAUAAACAAAAUGGUGGUGAAGGAAACAAUGGAAACUAUGGUAAUAAUGGAGGAAAUGGAAACUAUCAAAAUAACAACUAUGGUUGCAGACCACCUAUGACUAUUGAAAGCAAGAAUCACUAUGAUAUUCUAUCUCAUAAGCCUACCACCUUACAGCAAGCAUUUAAGAUAGCCACUACCAUUGAAAAUAACAGAAAAGCUACAGGGAGAAUUGGCAAGAGAGAUGAUCCAAAAUUAUAUAAUCCCAGAGCAACAAAAAAGGAUGAGUUUAGCCACAUCAUAGACAUGCUCAAAGAUAUCAAGGGUAAUAAAAAUCACAAUGAGAAGUUGCCCCCAUAUAGAAGCAACAAGCCAAUCAGUUACAAUAGGCCAAGAUUGCACGACAUGCCAUAUAACACAAACUGGAAAGUUAUUAAUCCAGUGAAUGCCAAUCUAAACAAAGAAACUCUUGAUCCAUUGAAGAAGGUAAACAAUUUUGUGGAGGAAUAUCCAUGGUGUGAAGUCUGCAAUUUACCCCAUCUUGCAGAACAAUGUAUGAUUGCUUAA